AACAAUGCGACCAAGUUCCCGCAUAUUCCUGUCAAUACUCCCGGCCGCCGCGUCGUUGCUCCCGCUGGUCGCCGCAGCAGGCACCUGGCCCGGCUGGAGCGGUCUGAAGCACAUGAUAGUCUUCGGCGACUCCUUCACGCGUAUCGGCUACGUCCCGGGCAGCUCUCCCGCGCCCUCAUCCAGCAACCCACUCGGCGUCCCCGCGCCCGGCCGGCCCUCCUCCAACGGCCCCAACUGGCUCGCGUACCUCACACGCACCUACAACGCGCAGCACACAGUACUCACACACGACCUCGCCGCAGGCGGAGCGACCGUAUCGCGCAACCUGGUCGCCGGGCCGGCGACGGCAAAGAUGCUGAACGAGCAGUUGGCGGAGUGGUUACCGCUCGUAAAAGGGUGGACUGGGAAUGAAACGCUGGUGGCAGUGUGGAUCGGGAUCAAUGAUGUCCGCCUUGGAUGGCAAUCGGAUGUGCAGGUGGAGAGCGUUGUCGGGGAGUAUUUUGUGCAGUUGCAACGGAUGUACGCCUCCGGCGCACGCAACUUCCUCCUGCUCGACGUGCCGGACAUGACGCGUUCGCCGGAGUCGCAGGCACUGAACGGUAGCGAGCGCGCAGCGCUCGGUGUGUACAAUACCGCGUACAACUCCCUUCUAUCGCAGGGGGCGCGGGAGUUCGAGGCCGCGAACGACGUCGUGGUUUUCACGUUCGGGAUGGGGGAGGUCGCGGAUGAUGUCCUCGAUCGCUACACCGAGUUUGGGAUCAGUAAUACGCAUGAGUUCUGUGCGGCGUAUGAGAACAGGCAGUAUAAUGGGAACGGGGAUUGGGAGACGUUCGUGGAUGCGAAUUGUACUGCUGCGGUUGGGAAGUACUACUGGCUCGAUAAGACCCAUCCGACGAGUACUGUGCAUAGGGAGUGGGGGAGGAGGCUGGCGGGGUUUUUGCAGGCGAAGGCGCCGCAGUGAGGGACGGAGGGGAGUGGGGCGAGUGCGCAAAUAGAUUAAUAGCGGGAACGAUCAUGGGAUAUAAUUCGUCGAGUCCUGCUGCAUGACUG